AUGUUUAUCAUUGUUCGAACUUCGGCUUGUAACUGGAAAGAAAGACAAGUUAUCAGACAAACAUGGGGUGACGAGACACAAUUGAGAGGAGUAAACAUUUCUACUGUUUUCAUGCUCGGAAAUUGCCAAAAUCAAAUGUGCCAAUUUGAAAAUCACAGCAUUAUUCACUGCCAAGAACUUCUUGACAGCGAAGACAACCAACAUAAAGAUUUAAUCCAAGGCACGUUUCUUGACACAUAUCUUAAUAGCACUGAAAAGAUGUUUGCAGCCUUCAACUGGCUAGUAACCUACUGCCCUUUUACAGAAUAUGCAUUUUUUGUUGAUGAUGAUUUUUAUGUUUCUGUUUCAAACUUACUAAAAUCAGCCGAAAAAUACUCUCAGAUAUCCAAUGGAUACCUCUACAUGGGACACGUGUUUGAAAACAUGCGACCUAUGCGACAACAUUUUAGUCGACAUUACAUCUCAUUGGCUGAGUAUCCUUUCUCUCGAUAUCCUCCUUAUGCCACUGGUGGCUGUUUUAUUGUUAAUAAUUCCACAUUGAUAGAUCUGUUUUAUGGAAGUUUGCAUUUUCCAAAAUUUCGCUUCGACGACGUGUUCUUGGGAUUAAUAGCAAGGCAAUUGAAGAUUAAUAUAAUCAACAAUGAGCAAAUAUACAUUGAAAACAAAGCUACUUAUAGUUCAAGCAAUUUUAAAAACGUCAUAGCAUCACAUUGGUACAAUGAUCCAGAUGAGCUCAAAAACGUUUGGAAUGAACAGAAAAAGUUAGGCUUUGCAUAA